AGCGCCCGUCAAUUGGGUCGAACGGCGAGAAUUUGAACGAGCUCAGGACAAUGUUUGGGUGCGAAGCUUAGGCGGGAUCCCAUGAUGGGCAGCUGUGGGAGCCAAUCGAUAAUGAGUGUAGGCGGGACUGGAACUUGGAAUGACGGAUGCGGUCCAAUGGGAGAUUUAGGUGUAGGUUCCUGGGUGGAGCUACAAAUGAACGGCAACGGGAACAACAACGACAGUAACAGAAACGGAGGCCUGGAACACGUUCCUUCCUCUUCCUCCAUCCACGAUGGGGACAUGGAGAAGAUCCUGCUGGACGCUCAGCAUGAGUCUGGCCAGAGCAGUUCCAGAAGCAGCUCUCAGUGUGACAGCCCAUCCCCUGAAGAUGGACAGAUCACAUUUGAUGUAGAGAUGCACACAAGUAAAGACAGCCUCCAGUCUGAAGAGGAAGCCCCAGAGGAAGAGAAGGAAGUUGAUGCUUUAAAGAAAAGUGCUGACUGGGUAUCUGACUGGUCGAGUAGGCCUGAAAAUAUCCCCCCAAAGGAGUUCCAUUUCCACCACCCUAAAAGGUCUGUGUCUUUGAGCAUGAGGAAGACUGGUGCCAUGAAGAAAGGUGGUGUCUUCUCUGCAGAGUUCUUGAAAGUCUUCAUCCCUUCUCUGUUCAUCUCCCAUGUGCUGGCUCUGGGAUUGGGCAUUUACAUUGGUAAAAGACUGACCCUGUCUUCUGCCAGUUCCUAUUGAAGGGGGCAUGACUUGGAAUCGAACCUGUGACCGUGUGAAGGUGUGUUCCUGUCACAUUUUGUGCAUUUGCACCAUGUCAAGCAUGAUUCAAAGCACCCUGUCCUCUGCACCCAUCUGUUUUUUUGUUUUUUUUUUCUUUUUUUAACCUCCUCUGGCCAUCUCAUGGGCUCAGAGCACUAAUCUCCAUUGUGACAUCCCAAAGUCACCAAGCAGAGGCAAAACCCUAAUCACUCUCCAUUCAACUCAGAGACAACAGCAAGACUUGUCCUGAUCAGGGAACAUCUACUUCCAUCAAAUUCCACAAGCUAAAGACACUCCACAGUGCGGCACAUCCAAACGGGGCUAUGCCAGGCCCCCUUCUCCUUUGGUCGGACACCGUAACUAUGCCUUAGUCUGGCUGAUAUCCCUCAACCUCCGGCUGCUGAUCAGCAAAACAAAUUGUGUUCCGCCAUAAUAAGAGGCCCCUAGAUGCAGAAAAUUUAAGUACGCUGAUAUGAUUCCCCUCUCCCCGACCACUGUCUUUAAUUUUUAAAAGCAACAUUUAUGUGGGGAAACUGUUUUUGCCACUCAGUGCACACUUAUCUUUUCCAGUAUGAGGGUAGCUCACUACUGUUCAUUAAUUACGGCAAAUCGCCCCCCCCCCCCCCCCCCUCAGUCUGCUUUAUGCCCCCACACAGAGACACUUUGUCCCAAAGUGACAUCUUUUCUUUUUUUUUUUUAAAUACAGGAGCCAUUUCUGAGCACCUCUGGCCAGGCGGCCAACGUAAAUAGGUUUGGAUUUCAUUUUUAGAGAUGUCUAUUUUAGCCUUUCCUGUUUCUUUCCUUCGUCGUUUUGUUUGCUCUGUGUAGGUGUAAGCAUAACAUUCAGGUACCUAAUAUUCUUUAUAAGAACUAACCAGCCAAUGGAAAAUGUCAUUUGAAUAUAGUGCAGAUUGUACUAUUCCUGAGCGAAGCUUUAGUUGGACACGGCCCCACUGUUCUUCUGUUUUCUUGCAAGAGAUCCACUUAGACGCAGGAAGUGGAGACUUUUUUCCCUUUUAAAUAUAAUUGGAUACAUUUUUCGAAAAACCGCUAUUAGAUUAUAUCGACAACGUUUUCUUUAGUGAUGCAAGAGAUUUUUACUAGUGAUGACUUCACGUACGUGUCUAUUGGACUGUAGUCGUCUGGGCUUUUGUUGUGCCAUUAAAAAAUUCUUAAGUAUAUAUCUAAAACAAAAAAAAAUUACAUUUUGAAUAAUCCCAUAUAGUAAACUCCACUCAUUUAGUAUCGCUGCUUAUCAUUGGGUGUUCAGUUAGGGACUGCAGUGGCUUAAAUCCAUGUGGGUCCUCCCUCCCUCUCUGUCCAACACACACUGGGGCACAGUGACUUCAUCCUUUUCCCUUUGUACAGAUGUGAAGUGCACAGUAUUACUUUGCUGAUGUUUAAUUGUAUUUAACUACUCAUACAGGAACCACUGGCAAUACAUAACGUAGAUUUUCAGACAUCUCCCAAGGGUAACAGGACUGAGGGCUCUCAGUGGUAAACUCAUU